AUGGUAAGAGGAUCAAACUACAAAUCUGGGACACAGCUGGUCAAGAGCGAUUCUGAACUAUUACGACAGGUAUCUUUAACUUACUAUCGUGGAGCCAUGGGGAUUUUGCUGGUUUAUGAUGUUACUGAUGAGUCAUCUUUCAACAAUAUUAGGAAUUGGAUUCGCAACAUUGAACAACAUGCUUCCGACAAUGUCAACAAGAUACUGGUUGGGAACAAGGCUGACAUGGAUGAGAGCAAAAGGUUUACAUCUUCUCAAGCCAAGUCUCCCGCACUCUCUCCACCUAUCCCUCCCCUUGCUCUCAGCAAAGAACUCAGGCCUCCUACUCCUUAA